AUGUGUGCCCUUCACACUCUAGCAUUCAAGGUUCUGUCCGUUUUGAAUUUUGCGAUUGAAUUUUACAGAAAAGGAAAGAAAUCAAUACGGUACAACGUACCUGUAGGCUUUGGUGAAGAAGCAAGACCAUGGGAAAUUUCAGCUCCAUUCACGCUGCCAAAGGGUAUUGAGCAUUUUCUUACUUAA